GGGACCCACGGUAAAUUUAACCUUUCUAAGAAAUUGCCAGACUGCUUUCCAAAGUGACACUACCAUUUUAUGUUCUCAGCAGCAAUGGAUGAAGACUCCUGUUUCUACACGUCCUCACCGACACUUGUGGCCAUCACCAUGGACACCAGCCCAGACCAGUCCUUCUUCCCCGGCAGUCACUGGCUCCACUUCUCCGUGUACCUCUUCACCUUCCUAGUGGGGCUGCCCCUCAACGUCAUGGCCCUGGUUAUCUUCACGGGCAAGCUGCGCCGCCGCCCGGUGGCCGUGGACGUGCUCUUGCUCAACCUGACCCUCUCAGACCUGCUCCUGCUGCUCUUCCUGCCGUUCCACAUGAUAGAGGCAGCCAGUGACAUGCGCUGGCCCCUGCCUUUUGCUUUCUGCCCCCUCUCCAGAUUCCUCUUCUUCACCACCAUCUAUCUCACUUCCCUCUUCCUGGCAGCUGUGAGCAUCGAGCGCUUCCUGAGCGUGGCCUACCCACUAUGGUACAAGACCCGGCCGAGGCCGGGACAGGCCGGCCUGGUCAGCGUGGCCUGCUGGCUGCUGGCCGCUGCCCACUGCAGUGUGGUCUACAUCACUGAGUUCUCAGGGAACUCCUUCCGUAGUCAGAGCACCAACGUGACCUGCUUCCUGGAAUUCCAGGAGGAACAGCUGGCUGUUCUUCUGCCUGUCCGGCUGGAAAUGGCCGUGGUCCUUUUUGGGGUGCCCCUGCUCAUCACUGGUUACUGCUACAGCCGCCUGGUGUGGCUGCUCAGCAGGGGAGCCAGUCGUCACCGGCGGAGGAGGGUGAUUGGGCUCGUGGGGGCCACGCUGCUCAACUUCCUUGUCUGCUUUGGGCCUUACAAUGUGUCCCAUGUAGUGGGCUAUGUCCGGGGUGAAAGCCCACGGUGGAGAAGUUACACGCUGCUCCUCAGCACCCUGAAUUCCUGCGUCGACCCCCUUGUCUACUACUUCUCAUCGUCAGGGUUCCAAGCCGAAUUUCAGAGCCUGCUGAGGAAGCUGACUGGAGCCUCGGGCCCUUGGACACAGAAGGGCAGCGUGAAACGGAAGAAGAAUGGAGGAGAGGUCAGCCAUGGUUGCUAUCCAACAUAGAGAACAGGUAGUGGCUCGUAAUUGGAGGCCUGGGCUGAGCUACGUAUGGCCGCCAACGCAGUUCCCACUUCAAGUCAGGCAGGACCUUGGAGAGGCAGGCUGGGGACCGAUGGAGUCGGGACAGAGCAGGCACCCAGCCUCCUAAGGAUGUGCUCAGCAAAGCCCACCUCUUGAUCUCACCACGCUGCCCUCCCUUCCAUUCCCCCACAUGCUCUGGAUUCGGCUCUGGGAAGCUGUCAUGGUGACAGAUCGCUCUGGAGAAAAAUGAGCUCCUGCGGCAGCAGGCCAGUUCCUGUGCUUUUCUGAGGGCAAAGGCAGAGUUGAGAGCGGUGUUCAGGGCCUGAGGGAGCUGCCUGGUGACUUGGGACAGGAGAGGGGAAAUGAACCUACCCUGCAUUGCUGCUCCUACCCAGCAAGUCAAGAGUCGGGGCUCAGGACUCCCGGCAUGAAGGAGCAUCCUGCUGUCAUGUGGAAUUUUUCCAGAAAGUGUCUAUUUUUCAAUCAAUUCAGAUUUUCAGGGACAUUUAUAAAAAUGACAAAAGAAAAAAAUUAGCUAAAUAAAUUUGGUAGCAAGCAAA